AUGCCGGUUACCAGGUCACAGAAGGAUGCCCCCUCACGUCCCUCAGAUAAGGACGUGACAGGUGAAAUGUCGGGAUCAGAAGGGGUCACGUCUGCGUCAGCGGCAGCAUCAUCAGGAACAGCAACUACGUCAGUUUCUUCAGGCACUACGACCACAGAGGAUACCACCACGACAGAGACCACGGUUGCAACUGCCACCACGGCGGCGUGCGAGGAGAAAGGACAGAAGCAUGAAGCCGCACAGAAGGAGACGACCAAGAAGCAGACAAGGGCGUUCAUGGCACUGCCACAACCCUUAAGCCAAAGGGGGUCGUUCGUCGCGCCAGGUCCAGAAGACACGAGUCUCAGAGGAGACGGGAGUGGAAGGGAGAAGAAUUAG